AUGCCAGAAGAACAGAUAAUUAAUUUUUAUCACAAUGGAAUGAUAGAUUACUUAGAAUUCUGCCUCAAUAGCAGCACAGAAAGUCUUCUUAAUAAAUUAGGAGAAAAAUUUAUUUUAACAGCCGGAAACAUCGCCUCUCACAGCAUCAGUCCAAUUAUUGGGUGCAAAAUUUUUUCUUCUUUUCCAGCAGCAGAUGAACAUACUUACAGACCUGCUAGAAAAAGAAUCUUCAUCACCCAAAGAACAGUACAACAUGGUUAUCUUAAAAAGUUAUCAUGCAAACAAGAAAUAAAUUUUGGGACUCUACAGAAUCUUUCGAACGAAGAUAUAUGCACAGCUCAAAAAACACCUAUACUACCUGCAAGCUUUUGUUGGGAAAAUUAUAAACUCUUAGCAGAAGGACACUACUUACAAAUUUGGUCUCAUCAAAACUGGCAUAUGCUCUUGCCAUUCAGCGGCGAAGGAGAUACACUAUUAAGACUAGAAGAUAUUAUAAACAGUGAAGAACAGGUUGACACAGAACCAGGAUCACCGGUUUCUAUUGAUAAAGCUGCUGCUGCACAUACGACUCUGGUUGCUUCACUUCCCUGUAAACGAUGGAGGUAA